AUGUCUGAUGUAACAUGGAUUAGGACCGAGGAAUCUCAGCGAUGGUCCAGGCUGAGUGCGAGCAGGGCACAGAGUGGGUAAGAAAGACACAGGGGCUACUGGCAAACACUGAGCCCUGGGGUAGGUUUGGGAAAGCUGUUAAGGAAUCCCAGGGUCAGGCCUAAUCCCUGGGUGGAGCAGGUGCAGCAGGAAAGCGCCUUUCAUCUACCAGCAUCGCAGCAAGACAGAGUCCGAGGAAUCACACAGUCAGGUGAGAAGAUGUUCCCACUUAUGCAUUCGGACCACACCCGAGAGAGAAAGAGGCAGGCGAUGGCCAUCGUGAGGGAGAUGGCGGGAAAUGUCCCCCAGCUGGACCUGGGGAAGAAGGUCAGCACCCCCCAGGAUCUGAUGGUGGAAGAGCUGUCUCUGCAGACAAACAGGGGCUCCAAGCUGUUCCAACAGAGGCAGAAGCGGGUGCAGAAGUUCAUCUUGGAGCAUCCUACUGGCUACAGAGCCAGUUCAAGCAGGAUGGCAGCAGGCGGCUCGCCCGGCGCGGCUGAGGGGGACCUGGCGGGAAGACCGGACGCGUGGCUGUCUGCCCAGGGCCAGGAGAACUAUCGCACUGAGCGUCACAUGGCAGCAGCAGGCCAGGGGACCCCUCCCAAAGUGCCCAAGAAGACAAACAAAGUCAUACAAAUGAGUAAAGCCCUCAAUCCCGAGGCCCUGGCCCCAGGCUACUCUGGACCGCUGAAGGAAGUCCCACCAGAGAAGUUCAACUUCACUGCCAUCCCCAAGGGCUACUGUUCCCCUUGGCAGGAAUUCCUCUUCAGCGAGGACUACCGGAUCGAGAGCAAGAGCCAGCUGCCUGAACUGCCCAGGAAACCCAGCCACUUCGAGUUGAGGAGCUUCAACAGGAUUCCUACCCCGUUCGGUGGAGUGCUACUCAAUGACACAUUCGCUGUGCCUGGGUUGGAGAUGGAGGCUCAGACAGACACGCCAAACAGCCUGGAGCUCGUCUGGAAUAGACCCAGCUUUAACAGAGCACCCCAGGGCUGGGUACGGAUUUUACCAGAGACGGAAGAGCUGUAAUGUAAUCUUACUCCCUUCUCCUACCCCCCCAGAUGCUUUAUCUGCUAGGCUCAAACAUGCUUUGUUUUAAAUCGCUGGUAGAGGUACUCCUCAGCACAGCAGAAAAGGGGAGUCGAAUUUUUACCCAUGCACCCCGUGAAGGCUCAGUGGCACAGUAUGUCAUUCACUUCCACACACAGCCGCCAG